AGGGCGAACCGUCCAAUUACCGUGCACGUCCAGGCAUCCUUCUGUCCUCCCACUCGUCUAUAAAGGCAGGAUCUCCGCUGGUUGACACACCGCUUGGCACACUCCGACUUUGCUCAAGGAAAACUGCAGUAAAAGCUUUACUUCUGUUUUGAAAUUGUGCAUUAGGCGACUCUGACUGGAUAUACAUUUGUUUUUCUAUAUAGAACAUGGCGGACAGUAAAGUAGAAAGCAGCGGAGAACUGAGCCUCACGGAGCUGAAGGAGAAGAAACAUACUGAAGAGACAGAAAAUGGAGAGGACGCUGCUGCCAACGGCAAAGCUGAUGAGAAUGGCGGGCAGCAGAAUGAGGCAGAAGAGGAUGAGGAGAAUGCAGGAGAAGAGGAGGAGGAGGAUGGAGAGGGUGAUGAGGAGGAUGAUGAUGUAGAAGAUGACCUUGACAGGCCAAUGGGGAAGAGAGCAGCAGACGAUGACGAUGAUGAAGAGGAUGAAGUUGAAACCAAGAAACAGAAGACGGAUAAGUAGUGUUUGCAGAACCUGCUCUGUCAGGAGAGUGACAUCAUCAAGAGACAGCCAGUUUUCCAGCAAACCUUCUACACCUCAGUCCUCCCUUUUACCAAGAAUACUUUAAAAAGAGAAUUUGUUUGUAUUUUUAUUUACAUUUUAUAUUUUUGUAAAUAUUGUAAGGGGGUUAGUCAUUUUGCAACAGUGAUCUUGCUGGGUAUCAAGUGGUGCUUUGAGGACUUUCAGAUCCAAACUCAUCAUCUUUGUCCACCCACAUUCUGUAUGAACCAACCAGAAGCAUCCAGCAUUCCAUCCACACACACACACACACACACACACACACACACACACACACUCGCAUUCUGGCAUGCUUUUAUUACAAUAUAGGGUUCUAGGGUCAGUAGGAACCAGGUGUGUGUACGUGGUCAUUUGUAUGAGAUUCUGCUGUAGUUUCUGCUAUCUGUCAUGACCAGUUUGCUUUAAUGCCUGUGCUAUUUGUUGAACAAUAAAGUUGUUUGAUUUUG